GCCGCCGUGGGGCUGGAGGGCGGGGCGCGGAUGCGGACGUGGGUAGCGGAUCACCCCUGGAUUCGAGUCCCCAGGGGUUCAGCUUUGAAGGUCAAGAUUGUCAGUGUAGAAUGAUUCGGGCCGAGACCCGGAACCCUCGGAUGAGUCAAGUCUGUACGGCGUUUCCGGCUGCACUCCGGUGCAAGGCGCUAUCCAAACUGCAGGGCCUCUUGAGCGGUCUUUGGACAGCUGGCGUUGACUUCACCUGGGGUUCUGUUAAAAAUACCAUCUCGCCCGGGUUCCAGACCUUUUGGAUCAAAGUCUGCAUUUUCGCAAGCUCCCCAAGGGGGAUGCCUAUGCACAUGAAAGUGUGAAAAUGCGCUGUUGUUAGGAUUUUUAGCCAAGAAAAGUGUUAAUCACAGGUUGAGUGGAAGGGAAAUGUUAGAAAGAGCACAAUCCAACCCAAAUGCUAAUGUCACAGAAGUAUGCUCUGAAGUGCUAGGGUGUGGGCAUUUUGUUUUUCCUUAAUGUAAGGAUGACAGGUUUAGUAAAUAAUAUAUAACUUAAUUGGUUAUUUACUUGAACUGCACACCUUGCUUAAUGCCCUAUUCGCUUUUAUUUUAAUCUAGAGAUCCUCGUUUGAUGAUUCCCAGUUUCUUUUCGGGCCACUACAAUGGACUAGUUAGGGCAACAAUGUAAAACUAGGAACUUGAAGCUGUGUAAUUUAAACACGAAUGCUAUUUCUUCUUUAAAGAGAGAUGCCCUUAGCCAAUAUUUACUCAAUGCUAAGGCCACUCAAGUGAUGAAUCAUAGCAGUCAUUAACAGUGAUGUUUGUGGAAUGAAUCGUCUAGUCUUAAGGUGGAGUGCAAAUUCUUUGUGGCCAAGUGGCCUUAAGCAGGACACUAACUUCUAGCCUAAAUUUGUUUAUCUUCUGUCCCAGCUAGUUUUAUGCCAGUUUGACACAAGAUAGAGUAAUUUGGAAAGAUGAGCUCUGAACCUUCAUAAGAUUUGUCUGUAGGCAAGUCUGUAGUGCAUUUUCUUAAUUACUGAUUGAUGGGGGAGGGCCCAGCCCAUUGCGAGUGGUGUCAUCACUGGGCAGGUGGUCCUGGGUGCUAUAAGAAAGCAGGCUGAGUAAGCCAGUGAGCAGCAUCCCUCCAUGGCCUCUCUAUUAGUUCAUGCUUCCCGACUCUUGUCUUGAGUUCCUGUCCUGACUUCCCUGGAUGAUGGACUGUGAUAUGAGGUGUAAUCGAUAAAAAUCCUUUCCUCCCCAAGUUGCUAUUGGUCAUGAUGUUUUAACCCAAGAAUGGAAAGCCUAACAUAGACACUGUCUAAAUGGUAAAAAAAAAAAAAAAAAAAAAAAAAAAAAAAAAGUUAAAUUAGUGAAGAUCUUGCACCAGAAUGUGCUUUAUGAACUUUAGCAUUCUUACUCAUCCUUAGAGUUCACGUUCUAAGUUAGUAAGCCACGGUACUGAGCCAUUGUUUGUGGUAUCUUGGAGGUGGGUGCUCUCCAGUAUCCGGUCUUUCCAAAAGACCCUUGUCACCUGGCCCGGGGCUCUUCAGUGGCUCAGUUGGAGCCCUUCACGAAGCCCUCCCCCAAGGAGUUUCCUGAUAGCUCUGCACUAAGCUGCUCUCCCAAGGAGGGAGAAUUUCUUAAUCCACGGGCUCUAGGACUUCUCGGAGAGGCUGGAUCCGGCGGUCUGACCCAACACCACUCCGAAGCACUAGACUGUUGCAGCGCCAUUGGUUGGAGAGGAGCCUGAUGGACAGCACCGCCAGCCAAUGGAAGACAGCUCUUCCAAAGCAGUCGCCUUAUCAGAGCCAAUCACGUUGGGGUGGGACUUUAACUCUUUAAAGGAGAGUUCUCAGUGUGUGGGAAAGUUGGUAGUGAAAGUGCCACGUCUUCUUGGGAGGGUUGAGGGAGUCCUGAACUUACCCGAGGCCGACGUCGCUUUAGGCACAUUUUAACUCUAUGAAGUCGGGGGCCCUUCCUCUGCUUUGGUAACAUGAGGUUUUUCUUGUGGAACGCGAUCUUGACACUGGGGGUCAUGGCUGUGAGUGGAGCUUUGAUCCCGGAGCCAGAAGUGAAAAUCGAAGUUCUCCAGAAGCCGUUCAUCUGCCAUCGCAAGACCAAGGGAGGGGACCUGAUGUUGGUCCACUACGAGGGCUAUUUAGAAAAGGACGGCUCCCUGUUUCACUCCACCCACAAACAUAACAAUGGUCAGCCCAUCUGGUUCACCCUGGGCAUCCUGGAGGCUCUCAAAGGCUGGGAUCAAGGCUUGAAGGGGAUGUGUGUGGGAGAGAAGAGAAAGCUCAUCAUUCCUCCUGCCCUGGCCUAUGGCAAAGAAGGAAAAGGCAAAAUCCCCCCAGAGAGCACACUGAUAUUCAACAUUGACCUCCUGGAGAUUCGAAAUGGCCCAAGGUCCCAUGAAUCGUUUCAAGAAAUGGAUCUCAAUGAUGACUGGAAACUCUCUAAGCAUGAGGUUAAAGUGUAUCUAAAGGAGGAGUUUGAGAAGCACGGUGCAGUGGUCAAUGAAAGCCACCAUGAUGCUUUGGUGGAGGAUAUUUUUGAUAAAGAAGAUGAAGACAAAGAUGGAUUUAUAUCGGCUAGAGAAUUCACCUAUGUACAUGACGAACUGUAGGGACGCACCUGCCAUUGUAUAUGCGUCCAUCUGUAAAGGGAAGGCGGCACCUUUAAAGAAGUUGUAGUUUUUAACAUUAACAUUCUGUUCUUGCUUUGUUUGUUUUUAGUUUUAUAUUAUUUUCUGUUGUUUAAGAAACCCCAUUGACUUUGUAAAUAUCCACAUAUUUCUGUUAAGUUAUUGGGAAGAAACAGUCAUCUUUGAGUGGAAGACUUCUGGGCUGUUCCCAUGUUCGCACGAAGCUUGUUCGCUUGCUUCCUUCUAACGGUGACGUAUCGCAACUGGAAACAUGCCGCAACCUAUGAGCAGGUUGGAGCACAAUCAGUUCCCUGCACUGCGGCCUCUUUCUGUUUCCUCUAAGUUAGAUGACUGAUGUGUUUAAAAGCUUUUACAGUAGUCCAGGGCUUGCUACUUUCAUGUUAUAGUGAAGUAGCCUUUUCUUUACCUGCCUUUGAGUCCCUGCUUGAGGAGACCUGUGGUGGCCCCUCAUUCCUUAACAGUUAUGGCCUCACUGUGGAGAUGUGCAAUGUUGGAUGAAUGAUGGAGUUAGCAACUCAUGAAUAGGUGUGCAUUGAAAUGUUCUGCCAAGACUUCAUAGUGGCUAAUGGCCUAGUAAAAUAAAUCAGACAAAUAAUUUAUGUGUUUGUUUCCUUGUGAUCAAUGCUUCAAACUAUGGUAGGCAUGGCAGAGAGUUGUAUUUAGAGUCAAUGUUUACUUUAAGGCUACCAGAUUAGCCUCCUGGUUCUUUAGUGUGUAAAGUUUACAGCUGGUAUAUUACUUUGCAGUAACACUAAACCAUGAGAGAAGUUGGUAAAUCAACUAGACUUUUCCUGUUUCUGACUCAUUGAAAAUGAGGCCGGCCUAUACCAACUACUAUCAAUACACUUAUCCUUGGUUUGAAAAUUGAUUUUUAUCAUUUUAUCUCAAAUUGGCUUCUAAAAAUGAUGACUAAUUCUGUUUUUCAAAUUGAUUUUAAUCAAAUUGGUUGUUAGCUUUUUUUUUUAGAGAUUUAUUUAUUAUAUAUACAGUGUUCUAUCUGCAUUUAUGCCUGCAGGCCAGAAGAGGGCACCAGAUCUCAUUACAGAUGUUUGUGAGCCACCAUGUGGUUGCUGCUGGGAAUUGAACUCAGGACCUCUGGGAGAACAGCCCAUGCUCUUAACCACUGAGCCAUCUCUCCAGCCCCGUGUUAUCUCAAAUACUUACAACAGACUUCCCAGAGCUCCAUCUGUUAGAAAUAGUUUCUCCUAGUUUAUAAGAGCGGAUCGAGUGCACUAUUGUCCAGCUGUUGCUGUUCUGAUGCCCAUGGGAAGCUGCUGGUCUUACAGUAGUUCUUUCUGGAGGAGAGGGGUUAUCUGGAAGUUGAUUGAGGAGCUCAGCGCUGGUGGUUAAGCUGUAGAUGUGCCUUCUGUCCCUGAGUUCACUUUUUUAUUUUCUGUUAAGGAAGAAGCAGCGAGUUUGCUUGUAUCUGUUGGGCCCCAUUUCCCUUUGCGUCUUUACCCCCGGGGACAGUUCUGGCUGUUCCUGGCAGGUCACAGCUCUCCUCAGGAUUCAGGAAUGUGUGUUUUCAUAGAAUAAUCAUCACAUUGACUCUGAAUUGCCUCAGUCAUCCUCCACCCCCUGUGACCUGUGAGAAGGUUCAGAUACAUGUCUUAGUUCACCCAUUCCUAUCACUUCCUGUUGUUUGUAGAAGUUGCUAAUUAUGCAUUGACCUUUUCCCCACCAAAACAUGCUAUUGGGAAGAACAUACUCUAAGACCUGUUCUUGAAGAUGCCGGGUAUAACCAUAAAAUGGUUGUCAGCAUUAGCAUUUUUUCUGAACCUGGGGAGGCUGUGAGAAGGCCUGUGACUGUCAUGACAGGACAGUGGUGUGGCUUGAAGGCUGCUUUCACCAAAGCUGCUGCCGCCAUCUGUGCUGGAGCAAGGACAGAGAAAGAAUCUUGAUUAUUCAAUUGUAUAAAUUUGUAUCAGUCCUCAGCUAAACAUUCAAACAAGUAUGAAAGAAAGAUAUACCAGUAAUAAUGGUUGUAUAAGCCAUCUGCCUUUUUUUUAAUAGCAGUAUCUUUGCACCCUCCCGUUAGUGGGAAAAAUCAAACACCAACUGUGACUUCACAUGUAUGUAAUUUGACUCAUAACUGUUCCAUGUGUCAUAUUUAAAUUUCUAUGUCUAUGUGAUACUCUUUGUGAAAAUAAAGUUUAUUUGGGAAACAA